CAACAUCCAAAGCAUUCCCAUCCACACCACCACCGUUCUCAGCCUCAUCGCCUCUCAAGUCUAUCUUAGACUUCACUGUCCAAACUCUACCCACAUCUUCAAACCCCCCUCAAACCAUCAAAAUGACUGGAGGCAAGUCCGGCGGCAAGGCCAGCGGUUCCAAGAACGCGCAGUCCCGCUCUUCCAAGGCUGGCUUGGCCUUCCCUGUUGGCCGUGUCCACCGCCUGCUCCGCAAGGGCAACUACGCCCAGCGUGUCGGUGCCGGUGCCCCCGUCUACCUAGCCGCUGUCCUCGAGUACCUCGCUGCUGAGAUUCUCGAGCUGGCUGGCAACGCUGCACGCGACAACAAGAAGACCCGUAUCAUCCCCCGCCACCUCCAGCUCGCCAUCCGGAACGAUGAGGAGUUGAACAAGCUCCUGGGCCACGUCACCAUCGCCCAGGGUGGUGUCCUCCCCAACAUCCACCAGAACCUCCUGCCCAAGAAGACUGGCAAGACUGGCAAGAACGCCUCGCAAGAGCUGUAAACGGUGUUUCUUCUGCUGCUUUUGUUUGCCUUUUGAUUUUACAGGCUGGCUUUUAUUUUUGGGACGUUUUCAUGAACCACGGGGUCACGGCUGGGCACGGUAUUUGCUUUUGAUGCAUGGGGUUGUACAUUACACCAUACAUGAUCCAUACAAAAGCGACAAUGGAUUCGCGAUAAUGGACACACCAAUGAGAACAACUUCUAAAAAA